AUGGCUGUACUAGACAGUUUACUGGCAAAGAAAGAAGACAAAUCAACCGUAUCUUCAGUAGCAAAUACAAGAAAGAUUAAAAGAAAUCGUUCAAAUGUCCCGAAGCGCACCGGCGGAAAAGUAAAAAAGAUUAGCAAAUCAGCUCGCGCAGGACUGCUUUUUCCAGUCACGAAAUUUCACCGAUUACUGAGAAAGGGUCGUUACGCCAGACGGAUAUCGCAGUCUGCUGCGGUGUAUUUAAGUGCUGUCAUUGAAUAUCUUUCCGCUGAGAUGCUAGAACUGUCCGGGAAUGCAUGCCGUGACAAUAAGCGACAUCGACUUAUUCCGCGACAUAUCGUGCUCGCCAUGAAGAAUGACGAGGAACUGAACCAGUUUUGUGCGCGGGUCACUUGUCCUGGCGGGGGCGUCCUUCCUUUUGUUCAUCCGGCUUUGUUUGCAAAAGGUGGAAAUUCAGUACCGUUACGACCAGUACGACGAAUCACUGGAAGCUUAAGUGAGCCAGAUGCUACAUAA